AUGCCACAGAACUCAUUUGGGGGAAAACUACUUGAAUUUCCCGAUAUAGCUGUUGACAAAUUCAACGUCGAUGCUAAGAUAUUCUUGCUUUCCCACUGUCACAGUGACCAUUUAGUUGGACUCGCAAACAAGUCUUUUCAGUCCACUGUCUAUUGCAGCGAGUUGACAAAACAAAUUUUUUCCUUAGACAACAGGAAUGCGCCAUGGUUACGGUACUUACGGGGGAUAGCUUUCAAUAGCCCAUUUCUGAUAAUCUUAAAUGAUAAAAAGGUGGUGCUAACCUUGAUAAGUGCCUACCAUUGCCCGGGUUCAGCGAUGUUCUUGGUAGAGUCCGAGGAAAAAAACGUCCUUUUCACAGGAGACAUAAGGGCAGAAACUUGGUGGACUAUGGGACUCAAGAAAAACAUGUAUUUGUUCCCCUACACGUGUGGAUUCAAGUCUCUCGACUGCAUUUACCUCGACACCACGUUCGGGUAUCGGCGAGAACCAUAUAUCGAAAUCCCCCCAAACACCGAUGGAAUAGCUGCAGCCAUAAAAAUGCUCCUGCUAUAUCCAACUGACGACCCAGAUAUCGAGUUUUUUUUUGCUGACCACACAUUGGGGUUUGAGCAGGCAUGGUCCAUGAUCGUUUCGAGUCUUGGUGGCUCAAUGCAUAUGUCCAAUAGAAUUCUCCAGAGAAGCGUAGUGGUGCUGAAGAACCCAAACUGCGAAACUUAUGAACUGGUCCUUGGUCACUUUGACACCAAUGGUGGUCAAAAAUUUCACGCUUGCGAGGAGGGUUUUUGCAGCCAAAAAGUUAAGUUUCCAGUGAGGAUAAAACAGUGUAUUAACUUGAAUGUGAUUGAUUUUGUAGGAUGCUUGCUUCCCGUGGAUAUGAAGACACUAACUGAUAAAGGGAAACAGGGUAUACAAGUUGUUGACUAUACUACAAAGGGAAAUGCCAUUGUUAGAUACAGGGGACGCACUUGGAUUCAAGUGAACAACGAACUUCUUCCCAGUGAGAUAAAACUUGUGUUUUCAAGACACUCAUCGUACUCUGAGUGUAAGGAGUUUGUUAAAACUUUCAACCCCGUUCUGGUGUAUCCUUGUGUGACGUCCAAAGGGACAUGGGAAAAUGGGUUUGUCAUGUCUCGUUUGUUUAAGGAUGUAUGUGUUCUGGGAGGUAUUGAGAACUUUGCCUUUGAUGUGAUCAACUGUGCUACCCAUGGGAUACCAAUUUCUCCAAUCAUGGUUAGACCCGUUAAAACUAUCAACAGAUGGGAUUUGCAAGACUGUGAGAAUGAACUUCGUUUUGUUGCAAAAUAU